GACGCCGGAGGUGGCGGAUCCAAGAUGGCGCCGUGCGGACGUGUCCGGAGCCGCUGCCCGGGCCCGGCGCUGCUCCUGCUGCUGGCGCUGGCGGCGCGGCCGGCGGCGCCCAGCCCUGCUGCCGGCGUUGCCGGUCCCGCCGGUGCUCUGCCCGGAGCGGGGCAGCCGGGGGGGCCGGGCGCGGCUGUCCCGCGGAGUGCCCGCGGCGGCGGGUCGGGCAGCGGGUGGAAGCUGUCGGAGGAGGCGGUGUGCCGGGAGGACGUGGUGCGGCUCUGCUCCAAGCACAGCUGGGCCAACAACCUCGCCGUGCUCGAGUGCCUGCAGGAUGUCCGCGAGCCAGAUAAUGAAAUCUCUUCAGACUGCAAUCAUCUCUUGUGGAACUACAAGCUGAACCUGACUACAGAUCCAAAGUUUGAAUCCGUGGCCAGAGAAGUCUGCAAGUCCACUAUUGCUGAGAUAAAGGAGUGUGCAGAUGAACCAGUUGGUAAAGGGUUCUUGGUGUCUUGUUUGGUGGAUCACAGAGGCAACAUCACUGAGUACCAGUGCCAUCAGUACAUCACUAAAAUGACAGCCAUUAUCUUCAGCGAUUACCGGUUGAUCUGUGGCUUCAUGGAUGACUGCAAAGCUGACAUCAAUCUCCUGAAAUGUGGCAGCAUUCGACCUGGAGAAAAGGAUGCUCACUCACAAGGAGAGGUGGUGGCAUGCCUGGAAAAAGGCCUGGUAAAAGAGGCAGAGGAGACUGACCCUCGAAUCCAGGUUUCUGACCAGUGUAAGAAAGCAAUUCUUCGUGUAGCCGAGCUCUCUUCUGAUGACUUCCACCUGGACCGGCAUCUCUACUUUGCAUGCCGAGAUGACAGAGAGCGAUUCUGUGAAAAUACUCAGGCUGGGGAAGGCCGAGUAUACAAGUGCCUCUUUAAUCACAAGUUUGAAGAAUCAAUGAGUGAAAAGUGUCGUGAUGCGCUGACCACCCGCCAGAAGCUCAUUGCCCAGGACUACAAGGUCAGUUACUCGCUGGCCAAGUCCUGUAAGAGCGACCUGAAGAAAUACCGCUGCAACGUGGAGAACCUGCCCCGCUCGCGGGAAGCCCGGCUCUCCUACCUGCUCAUGUGCUUAGAGUCUGCUGUGCACAGAGGUCGACAGGUGAGCAGUGAGUGCCAGGGUGAGAUGCUGGAUUACCGGCGCAUGCUGAUGGAAGAUUUCUCCCUGAGCCCAGAAAUCAUCCUGAGCUGCCGCGGGGAGAUCGAGCACCACUGCUCGGGGCUGCACCGCAAGGGCCGCACCCUGCACUGCCUCAUGAAGGUCGUCCGUGGUGAGAAGGGCAACGUGGGCCUCAACUGUCAGCAGGCACUUCAAACCCUGAUUCAGGAGACAGACCCUGGUGCCGAUUAUCGCAUCGACCGCGCGCUGAAUGAGGCCUGCGAGUCGGUGAUACAGACAGCCUGCAAGCACAUACGGUCUGGAGACCCCAUGAUUCUAUCUUGCCUGAUGGAGCACUUGUAUACUGAGAAAAUGGUAGAAGACUGUGAGCAUAGGCUCCUGGAGCUCCAGUAUUUUAUAUCUCGUGACUGGAAGUUGGACACAGUCCUUUACCGCAAGUGUCAGGGGGAUGCCUCCCGCCUCUGCCAUACCCAUGGCUGGAAUGAGACCAGUGAGCUGAUGCCUCCAGGGGCUGUUUUCUCCUGCUUGUACAGGCAUGCAUAUCGCACAGAGGAGCAGGGAAGGAGGCUAUCACGAGAGUGUAGAGCAGAGGUGCAGAGAAUCCUCCAUCAGCGAGCCAUGGAUGUGAAGCUGGACCCAGCCCUCCAGGACAAGUGCAUGAUUGACUUGGGGAAGUGGUGCAGUGAAAAAACAGAGACAGGGCAGGAACUGGAAUGCCUUCAGGACCAUCUUGAUGACUUGGUGUCUGAUUGCAGAGACAUAGUGGGAAACCUUACUGAGCUGGAGUCUGAGGACAUUCAAAUUGAAGCCUUGCUGAUGAGAGCAUGUGAGCCCAUUAUCCAGACAUUCUGUCAUGAGGUUGCAGAUAACCAGAUUGAUUCUGGGGAUCUGAUGGAGUGUCUAAUACAGAACAAACACCAGAAGGAAAUGAAUGAAAAAUGUGCAAUCGGUGUUACUCAUUUCCAGCUGGUUCAAAUGAAAGAUUUUAGGUUCUCGUACAAGUUCAAAAUGGCUUGCAAGGAGGAUGUCCUGAAACUGUGCCCCAACAUCAAAAAAAAGGUGGAUGUGGUGAUCUGUCUGAGCACAACUGUGCGCAAUGAUACUUUGCAGGAUGCCAAGGAGCACAGGGUCUCUCUGAAGUGCCGCAAACAGCUGCGUGUGGAGGAGUUGGAGAUGACUGAGGAUAUCAGACUUGAACCAGAACUGUAUGAGGCUUGUAAAAGUGACAUCAAGAAUUACUGCCAGAAUGUGCCCUAUGGCAAUGCUCAGAUUAUUGAAUGCCUGAAAGAAAUCAAGAAGCAAUUGAGUACACGGUGCCACCAGAAGGUGUUUAAACUGCAGGAGACAGAGAUGAUGGACCCAGAACUGGACUACACACUCAUGAGGGUGUGCAAGCAGAUGAUCAAGCGGUUUUGUCCAGAGGCGGAUUCAAAAAACAUGUUACAGUGCUUGAAACAAAACAAGAACAGCGAAGUGAUGGAUCCUAAAUGCAAGCAGAUGAUUACCAAGCGCCAGAUUACACAGAACACAGAUUACCGCUUAAACCCUGUGCUCAGGAAGGCAUGCAAAGCAGACAUACCAAAAUUCUGCCAAAAUAUCCUGAAUAGGGCCAAGGAUGAUACAGAGUUGGAAGGUCAAGUCAUCUCAUGCCUGAAGUUGAAAUAUGCAGACCAGCGUCUCUCUCCAGACUGUGAGGACCAAAUUCGAGUGAUAAUCCAGGAAUCGGCCCUUGAUUAUCGGCUGGAUCCCCAGCUUCAGAUGCACUGUUCUGAUGAGAUUUCCAGCUUGUGUGCAGAAGAAGCAGCAGCUCAGGAGCAGACUGGGCAGGUGGAAGAAUGUCUGAAAGUGAAUCUUCUGAAAAUAAAAACUGAGAUGUGCAAGAAGGAAGUGCUCAACAUGCUGAAGGAAAGCAAAGCAGAUAUCUUUGUUGACCCAGUGCUUCACACGGCCUGUGCCCUAGACAUCAAACACCACUGUGCUGCCAUCCCGCCAGGGAGAGGACGCCAAAUGUCAUGCUUAAUGGAAGCUCUGGAAGAUAAGCGUGUGAGGUUGCAGCCUGAAUGCAAGAAACGCCUUAAUGAUCGUAUUGAAAUGUGGAGCUAUGCUGCAAAGGUUGCCCCAGCAGAAGGCUUUUCUGACCUUGCCAUGCAAGUUAUGACCUCUCCAUCCAAGAAUUACAUCCUGUCUGUGAUCACGGUUGGCAUCUGUGUACUCUUCCUCAUCGGCCUGAUGUGUGGACGCAUCACCAAGCGGGUGACAAGAGAGCUCAAGGACAGGUAGAGCCUGGAUUGCCUGCUGAAGAAAUGCCUGCCCAGUGCCCAGUUUUGUACAGCCCUCCUCUGUAUAGUCUACCCGGCCCCUCUUGUGAGAGGAGAAU